UCUCCAUUUGGGAUCUAAACAAAAGAAGAAACUUCCGGAAGAGUAGGAAACACACAGAGAGAGAACGAAGGAGAUCAGCCGCCACUCCAUGGAAGAAGAAGGACAACCAUUGUCGUCGUCGUCGUCUUCGGAGAAGAAGACCCAACAGGAAGCACCAUCUUCCUAUACCUAUUGGGUAAGAGGUGUCACAAACGACGCCGUUCCUCUUCCCGCUCCUCGCAAGCUCACCUCUAACGACAUUCUCUCUUCUAACUCUGCUCAGCCCACAACCCAACUGGGUUCCGUCUGGAAUCGGGCUGGAACUUGGGAGGAGAAGAAUCUUAAUAGCUGGGCAACCCAAAGAAUAAAGGAGUUGGUUAUGACAGUUGAUUCUUUAGAAUUGUCAGCUGGGAAAGCACAGAUAUCAGAUUUAUCAAAGUGUGCUGGUGAUGCCUUUUUGGUCACUGUUCGGAAUAAGAAACGUGUUGGCUAUACUUAUGAGAUAACCUUAAAUGUUAAAGGAGAGUGGAUUGUGGGUGAGGAGAAAAAAACAAUUAAAGGGUAUUUGGAAAUCCCAGAGUUCUCAUUUGGUGAGCUAGAUGAGUUGCAGGUGGAAGUGAAAUUGAGUGAAGAAAAGGAUUUUUCUCAUCAAGACAAGAUGCAAAUCAAGCAAGAUUUGAAACAAUUUUUGCAACCUGUGCGUGAGAAGCUGCUGCAAUUUGAGCAAGAACUAAAAGAUAGAUAGAAAUAGAUUCUGAAUUUGAAUCACUUCACUUGUUCACAUCUUCAAACUUAAAUGGCUUUGAUUGAUGUUGUUGGUUUCUUUUGUCUCUGGUCUCAAAUUUACCUUACCAUCAUUAUAUGUUUCUAUUUAAGCUCAGAUUAAGUCAUUGUAUUUGCAUUUCACUUCUUAAGAUAUGAUGAUGAUAUGCAUACUUUGUUCUUCAGUUUAUUUAUUUAAUUUACUCUUCAAGCUUGUUAACUCAACAAAAA